GUGUGCGCGCGAGCGAAACAGUGUGUGUGUGUGUGUGCGUACCCGCGAGACAGUGUGUGAGACACUGAACACAUUUACAUUUUACACGAUACUUUCCCUUUCUUUGUUUCCUGUAACAGGUGCUUGUUUCCUCUAAUUCAAUCUAAAAAGGAGAACCAACAUACCGGCUUUCGGUUUUACUAGCUGUCACUUUAAUGAAAUGGCAGAGCAGUUAUAAGUGUUCAGUCAGCUGUCACAGAUCAGCUGGAUUAGGUUGAGCCGUAGCCAUGUGCUUGUGUAUGGCAAAUGAAAUAGUCUGUCCUUAAGUGACUAUUUUAAAUAGAUAAAUCUAUUUCAAUUUAGAAUGUUGGUUGUCUAAUAAACAUUUUUCUGAAGGUAAAAACAAAGGUCUGUGUUGUGAUUUAAAAUUAGUUUGUGAAAUAUUUAAAUUAAAAGCCCCUCAUGUUAUCCCUGUACGAUUGAGUGAACAAAGUCUAAUUAGUUGAUUACUUUCUGGUAAUCCCCUGGCCCGCUGCCCAUGCCACCACUUCCUUCUAUACCAUUUAGCUCCUCCCUUGCUUGUCUGUUCACCGUCCUAUCAGCGACAAGCAGAACUCUCAUCAAAAAAGGUGUUCUUGAACUUGACAGAAGGUUUCAAACCACUAGAGCCACACAGAAAGUUGGAGACAGGAAGCUGGCGGUUAUAUGCUGCCACUUUCACUGUUCCAGGUUUCUUUUUAGAGGAAGAUCUGUGUGGUUUACGAGCGGCUCUAGUGGCAUGACGACCACUAACAAGGGAAACAAGGCCUUGAAGGUGAAGCGAGAGCCAGGUGAGAAUGGCACGAGUCUCACAGAUGACGAGCUGGUGUCGAUGUCAGUGCGCGAGCUCAACCAGCACCUGCGCGGCCUCUCGAAGGAGGAGAUCGUACAGCUGAAGCAGCGGCGGCGCACACUCAAGAACCGGGGGUAUGCUGCUAGCUGCCGAGUCAAGCGUGUCACUCAGAAGGAGGAGCUCGAGCGGCAGAAGGCCGAGCUCCAGCAGGAGGUGGAGAAGCUUGCUUCAGAGAACGCCAGCAUGAAGGUGGAGCUCGAUGCCCUGCGCUCUAAAUAUGAGGCACUACAAAACUUUGCCAGGACUGUGGCUCGUGCUCCUGCAGUGCCUAUCAGCAAUGCGCCAGUCUCUGCCCGCGGGUCUCUGGCCUCCGUCAUUGGUCCGCUCGUACCGGGGAAGGUGGGCGCCACCAGCGUCAUCACGAUAGUCAAGUCCAAAACAGAUGCUAGGUCUUAGUACAGGCCAGUGAGGAGAGUGUGGGGGUAGAGGGGUGAGGGAGAGAGAGGGGCUUGGUCAGUGCAUCACGAUUUAGGCACGGGACAAAUUCAGAGGUCAAAUUGGUGCAAAUUGUUUGAUAUUUCUGUGAGAUGAAGCCUGACAUGAAGGACUGUUGUCUAAAAAGACCGAGUCCACAAAACAUCCUGAUACUUCCACUUGAAUUGGUCAGUACAGUGUCUGUCUGUACACACUGUACUUCCAUACCAAAAACCACCAUCAAGGACAAUUCGGGUGACUGGGCUUCCAGAAAAAUCUGAAUGUUUUAAAGAAAUUACAAGAAUUUGUAAAGAUGCAGAAAAAGAGGCCUCUUGUGACUACAAUGAGGGCUGGAUUUAUGGUCUUUCUAUUUUGUUGUUGUUUUUUUGUAUGAUAUUGUUGGACUUUAGGGCCCAAGUGUAUUUUUUGUUUUCUAAUUUUAAUGCAAUAUUUGAAAUGCAUUGUGUUGCUGUGUUUUGUACUUCUGUGCUUUUCCUGUGUCAGAGACCUCCGUCGCAACGCAGACAUACACUUUUUACAUUUUCAGUCUCCACCUUGUGCUUAUCAACACAAGGACAUGGAAAAAAUAUGGGACUUUUUUAUUUAAACAAGAAAUCAUCUUCUUCUAAAGCAGGAUUAGUUAGGAAUGAAAGCUUGUCCAGGACACACACAUUUGACAUUGUGGAGUAUUAGUGUUCUUCCUGUGUUUAUAUCGACCCUGCACUGGCGUAUCUCCUACUUUGAGAUGCUUCCAGUCCUGAACACGCUCUGCUCUUUACACUUUUGCGUCCCUUUACCGUUGCCUAAUGUUGUGCACUGACCAGCCACUGCUGAGAAAUGAGAUGAGACGAGAGGAAUCAACUGAUGAUAUUCGUACGGUAGCUAUCAGGAUAACUGAGACCAGUUUAUGUGAUUGGGUAGUCCUUUUUUUUCAUAAGAAAUGUAAAAAAAAAGACGUUUUAUUUCUUUUAUAACAUAACUUAUUGGCAAGGCAAUAAGACCUUUAUGUUGUGGAAAGUCAAACUGCUGAUUUUAGUUUCCUUUGUGGAGCUUGUGAAAUUUUGUCAUGUGUUUUUAUGCUGGCAAAACUGUAUUUUCUUUCUAUAGCUUUGUUAAUUACAAAGUGUUACCCUUUUUAUUACUAGUUUUAAUAAUAAUAAUAAUUAUUAUUAUUAUUAUUAUUAUUUCCCCUGUCUUAUGCAUCCCAGUAACUCCAAGAAAAUGACCCAUUCUUUUUUUUAUUUUGUCCCCAUUACCAAUAUAGAAAAAUCUGACAAUAAAAGAUUGCUCUUAAAUAAAAAUUUCAAAAGGACAUUUGAAAAGGGGACUAUCCGGUUGCAUAAACCGGCAAUCUCUCACAAGCUUUACCAUAAAAUCUGUCGCUGUGACGUUGCGUAACGUAUUCUAAGAUACUUUGUCUAUAUGGUGGAGUCUUGAAUUUUAUAUAAAAAAAAAUCACACAUAGAGUAUCUUGCAUUAUUUAUAAAACAUUUAAAAAAAGAACUAUAAAGUUGUUUGAUAUCUCUCUUUUUUGCAAUUGUACCAAAAGUGGCUUAACUAUUGAAGUUGAUAGCUUUUUCUAGUGACUAGGCGCGUAAAACUGUGGACUAGCGCGUGUGGUGUGAUGUGUAAGUGAUAAGGUGAUGGUACUGUUCACUAUUUUUGGAUGUGAUGCUCUUCUGUUUUUUUGUUUUUUUUUGGCCAAACUCAGGUGAUGGACACACGUUACCCACAAUCCUUCAGAUUUUUUUUUUUCCUCCUCCCCAGUGCAGUUAAUUUGACACGCAGCCUGUACCGAGUUAAAAUGUCAGAUGUUUUACACAUUUUUUUAAAAUUGAUUUAGACUGUGCUUUAAUGAUUGGUUUAUCCUGUCAGGAACAGCAGCAAGUGCUCAGCUUGUCUGCGGCAUGUGAAAACAGUCCCGCGCGGCUAAAAGUGUAGCAGCAUGUUGAGUGCUUUUGCACUUGAAUGCCGAAGGGACCGGACACGGUUUUCUUGACAUCAGCAACACUGGUUCUUUGUGCCCCAUUUAGUAACAACUAUUCUACACUUUGUAUUUGUCAUAAAGUAAAGCGAUAAAAAAUAGAAGGAAAAAACUCUCAGGAAAGUGGAUCUACAGUGAAGGUUUUUGGGAUACGUGUUAAAGAUCCUGCGGUCUCGUCACCUGUGUUUGAUAAAGUCCUUUUUUUGUGAUGUGUGAUUUUUAUUUUAUUUUUUAUUUUUGGUGUAAACUGUUUCUAUGGUAGAUUCUAUUUAAUGUAUUUUUUUUUUUGUCAAUUUCUUUUUAAAUGCCAGGGAAGUGACACUGCACUGAUUUUCAAUAAGCAAAACUAAACAGAUGAAGCAAUGUGCUCUCUCUCUUGUGGUUUGUUUUUGUAUUUGUUUUUUUGUUUUAUUUUGGAAAAGCAUUUGGUUUAUUGUCGAGCUGUACUUUGAGGGAGUACUACUAUUAUACAAAUGGAAAUCAUUUAGUGAAGGGUCACACCUUCGCUUUAUGCUGAGAAGAUAUUCUCCAAGCACUGUAAGUAGUAAUGGUACUGAAUUUUUAUUCGUUUUUCUAUUCAUAUUCCUCUAAGUUUCCUUUUCAUAACAGAUGUUAGUAGGCUCAAUGCAAAAAAGUUCAAUUAGGCCUUAAAAUCUUUACACCAGCCAAAAUUGUUUUAUUCUUUUAGUUAUUCCAGACCUGACUAAGUGCAUCAUGGUCCGCUGUCUCCAGAGUUCUGAGCUCCAUCACACCUGAUUUCAUCUAAGAAAGGGCUUGAUGUUCAGAACAUGAAUUAAAUUUGGUGUGUUUGUAAUCCUGAACUGGGUUGUUGCUCUCCAGAGUUUUAGGAACCCUGGUUUAAGCAGAGCUGAGUGAUGAUCCACAGAUAGACAGUAUGUGAUUGCUCUCACCUUUAAAGCUACUAUCGGUAGCCAGCAAUUUUAGAAACAAACACCAUUUUACACGUCCACUGAGCAACGUCGCCAUAAUCCUGAUAUUAAAUGGGUCUAUUCAGAGUAGGAUGAAAUGAGCAAAUGCCAUGUAUAAGAAUCUAUUACUCAAUGCACUGACUACAGUUUAAAUCCACAGAGACGUUUGUCGGAUGCUCGGCUGCGUUGUGUCAUGUUCUCGAGUGCUGAUUUUCUUUUUGUUGUUGUUGUUGUUGUUGUUUUUUUUUUUUCUUUUUAGUCCACAUCAGGUUUGCUGUUAGUGAUGAUGGGGCUUUAAGCACAUUAAGCUCUUUAAUCUGGACUUAUCUGGCAUUUAGGUCUGAAUAAGUAUUAUAGGUCUAUUUGUCUCAAUUAUUUUUCUUUCAAUUAGAAAUCAGUGUAAAUGAUGAAAAUGAACUUCCUAUGAUUGGUCGUUCUGUAAUGGAGUCUUUGGUCCAUUUUUGGCGUUGCUUUCGUAACCAGUGGUGGCGUUUCUCCUAUCGCCUGUGGCAGUUCUGUGCGACGUUUCUGUGAGCGCUGUGUGUGUUUUUAAGGGUUAAACUAAUGCUACUAGCUUACUAGCGAAACAAUGCCGUGCUCCUCAUGGGAAGUGCUUGUGCUCCAGGUAGCGCCACUGCCUAAUACUUUUAGACUUGCACUCCUCCACUUUCUGUCGCACGGCGGAGGAGGACGGGGCGGCUCGGCUCGUUCAUGUACGUCAUUGUUGUCGUCGUCGUCGUGGUGACUUGGUGUUGAAGUGAACAUAUGAAUUAUAUGCAAAUGUGGGCGGUGGGGAAGAUAAGGUUUCUGUUUUUUCGUUGUUGUUUUUUUCAGUAACCACAAACAGUAAGAGAUUGUUUCCAGUUUUCCAUUUGUUUGAUUGCUACAGCUUGUCUAAUUUUUCUCAAGGCGCUUUAUUUGCAUGUAUAAGUAUCACAUUCCUGCUAAAAAAAAAUCCAGCUACCAGAUGCCAAAACACAGACUGAGCUGCUCAAGCUGGUAGACCAUCUAUGCCAGCUGGUAGAAAGAAACCGUUUCUGAAUUCCUGCCACUAAUUCUACAUCAUAGACAAAUUAUUUUUAAAGAAAAAGGCAGGCAGAAAAUCUCAAAUUUAUUGAUGAAUAUGAGUAGUAAAGUAAUAACUUGCCAUCUUCCAAAGAAGAUCUACAUGCUUGAUCAGUUCAGUCUGUGUUUUUGUAGCUGGACAGACAAAGCUGGAUUUUAUUCAGCAGCGAUUGAGAUUAAUCAAUUAAGCUAAUGCAACAAUCAACAUUAAACAAUGCAACAAUUAACAUUUACCUCAAGACUGUUUCUGGAACAUCCUCUGAUAUAGUAAAACAAUUUCUUUUGUGUUUUUUCAAAUAGAAAAUAAACUUACAAUUCGUUUUUCCCCUUUUAAAAAUAGUGCUGCCUCCCAGGAGCAGAACACAGUGGAUAUUAAAAGCAAACUGAGACAAUCCUGGGAACAGCUUCCAGAAUUGGCUCAGACACUCGCUUGAAAUGACCUUGCAGAGAACAAUGUGUGUAACCACCAACUCGCACCCGUUUGACCCCGAGCCACAACCGGCUCUUUUGUCAGAUCAGUAGGAAGCAGCAGGCUGACUGAGAACUCGCUCUGGUCUCAGGUGUCCGUUUCUGUUGCCGUGCAAAAUUGCAACACUUUGUCCUACUUCUCCUUCUGCGGAGUGUAAAGUGUAGUGCGUUAACUACGCCAAGCUACAUUAAUACGUCGUGCCCAAUGACUUCUAUUCGUUCUUGCCUGUUCUGUUGCGUUCCCAGUUGCCUUUCACUUUAUGCCUCUUGGGAGGAUCAUUGAAAGGUUUCAUUUCUUCUCAAAGACAAAUGAGUCUCAAAUUCUUCAUGUCUCUCGUCCCUUGUUAAGGUUUAACCAAGAAACCCAGAUUUCCGCCUGUGUUUGACUGCCGUGGGCAGUUUAAAUCAUUAACCUCUUAUCGCACCGCUAUUGUAAUUGUUAACAUCGUUGCCAUUGGUGUUUGGGACUUGCUUAUCAUGCCUCUUCCCAAUUCAUGACUCAUAAUUCAAUUAAACGAGGAUCCCACAUACUGUUGGAUAUUUUAUACAUUUGUAUUGAUGGCACUUUUGUGCUUCUUUUAGCUUUUGGUGCUUGUUGACUUUCUGACUCCUCUGUGUGAAGCAAAAAGUAAUGUAUCAUUUAAUGCAAAAUCAAUUUGUAUGCAGCACUUCAGAGAGAGUUUUUGUCCUGUUUCAUACACAAAUUUGUUUCCUUCUUUCCUGAAUGUCUCCCCUUUGAUUCUCUCCAUCGCUCAAACUGCUUUGUCCACAUGACAGACCUUAUGAAAGGAGUGAUGUUUUUUGGGAGUUUUUUCUCCCAAAGUACUCAAGAUAUAAAUUGAGAGGUAAUGAACAUUGGAAAGCAUUUUUUUUUGUCUGUAAAAAGAAUCAGUUUUGUUUUUUCUGUAUGGGGUGUAAUGAAUUCUGUCACAGUACUUUGUAUGGGAAUUAUACAUACAGUAAAAGUCCAUUUAAUUGUAAGUAUUUAUCAACUAAGUUAUUGUACUUUUUGGAAUUUGUAGAUAAAUAAUAUAAUGUAUUGGUAUAUUAAUGAUGAAAUUAACUGUAUCAGUCAGUCUGGGGCGUCUCUUAAUUUAUUGAUGUAUAUACUGUAUGUUUGUUGAUAUACAGCUUACUUUAUUUUGUAUAUGACCAAUAAAUACAUUUUGAAAAACA